CUGGGUACCAUCCUCAAUGGACUUAUCAAAAGAAGCAGACAUAACAAGGAUCAGAAAAAUGAGAAAUGAUAUUGCGCAUUUAAAAAACAUGUCAAUUACAAAACAUCAUUUUCAAGUCAGCUGGAACGAAAUGGAACAAGUAAUGUUACGGCUUGGGGCAGGAAUCCCAAAUUUGCAAAACGACAUUCUUACGUUAAGAGAUAAAAGUAUAGACCCAGCUAAAGAAAAGAAUAUCAGAAAAUAAUUAAAGAGUGGGAAGAGACGGAUAUGAUAAUUCAAAAACACAUAGAUGAAAUCAAUUCAAAGCUCGAAAAGACCAGAGAAGACAUUGAAAGAGUAAAACAAGAUCUAGAAAAUGCAAAUCAAAAAUCGACAGAGGUUUGUAAUACAGUUGCUAUUCACGAGAAAAAGAUAGAGACUAUUGAAAACAAACAAAUAGAAGAAACAACACGUAUUGAUCAACUUGAUGAUGAAUCGUUGGAACAAAGAACACAACUAUCUGUAAUGGAGUCAAGACAAAAGAAACUAGAACAAGACGUGAAGGACACAAGUAUAACAUUAACUACAACGGCGAAAAGCAAGUUGCAUCCUCGACUUCAAAACCUUGCAACUAUUACGGAACUUUACACCGAAGACCAAGCUCGCGACAAUGUGUAUGUUGAAACAACAGCACACAAGAAUGCAAAGGAAAUAUUACUUAAAACGGGCUGCAUUAUACUAAUUGGACCUCCAGGAGAAGGAAAGACAACUAUGGCUACGAAGUUGUUAUCAGAAACAUCUCAAAAAGGUUCAUGUCUAAAGCUUACCUUGCCAACAGAUUGGGAUAAUAUUGACAUCAACAAAGGGAUGUUUGAUACAAUUUUCAUUGAUGAUAUAUUUGGCGCUGGAGCACUGGAUGAAAACCUCUUAAAUGGCUGGUCACUACGUUGCAAAGAUAUGGAAAAGGCUUUACAAGCGAAAAUGAUUAGAAUAAUUAUAACCUCUCGACAUUACAUUUAUUUCGAAGCAAAAAUGAAAGUUCAAAAAUGCACUAUAUUCAAACAUGAGAAUAUCCAGCUCCUUGCAUCGUUUAAUCUUACUUCUUCAGAAAGAAGUGCCAUAAUCACAAAACACGUAGACAAUGCUGAUAAAGUGUUAAGUACUAAAGAAAUAGAACAAUGCAGUCAAACGUAUGAAAAAUCGAUCACUUUCUCAAGAAAUCAGUACAAAUUACCAAUUGCCUUAAGUGGCUACCUUUCUCAAAAAGGGCACAUCAAAGCAAUGAUUGGAUUUCCUGAAAUUGUUUCAUUGUUUUGUCACAAUGAAACGUUAUUUAACUUGAGAUCUUACUUCUUUUCAAAACCGAAUUUGUUUUUUAAGAAGUGUCUCGGUGAGCUAUUUGUGGACGAGGAAAAGUUUCUUGUUUUAAUUCUUAUUUGGACCAGACCAAACAAACAGUUACACUUGAAAAGUAUCGAGCCAAGUAACUUAUCUAACGAAAUGAAAGAAACUGCUCUUAAGUUUGGCAUUGACCUGAAAGGGCAUAUUGUACGAGUCCUUAUGAAAUCCGUGAAAUAUCAUAAAUAUGGAUUCAUUAUGUUUGACAAACAAAAUGGAGUUUGUUCUUUCACACAUAAUAUCGUAAAAGAUAUGGUAGGCCUUGUUGCUGGUCAGAAUUAUCCAAAUGCAAUUAUUGAGUUUGCUGACAUGGAGUUCAUUAUGGAGUAUGUGACGACUGAUAAAACAAAAGAUGAUGGUUACCAUAUAUUCGUAAAUGAAUAUCAUUUCGAGGAACUACUUAAAGCAAUUUGUAAGCAUAUGAAUGUGACAAAACUAAAAUCAUUUUUAUGUUUUUCUGCAAAAAAGAGAGAUUUCGAAAUUCGUAAUAAUUUUGGCCGUGUUUCUCCAGAUUUUGCAUUACCUGGUGAGCUCAACAUAAAUACGACAGUUUUAAAGCACGACUGCUUUAGUCAUUCUGAGUUCGUCAAAAUGUUUUAUGAAAGCAUAAUAGGACGUUUCAUUAUGUCAAGGCCAAUUGACACAUUGCCAAUCAUAUGCACUGACUGGAACUGCGAUAUUGAUUUUGGAGGACUAAUCCCUGUUUAUCUACCAUCGCUUGCACUUCUGUACAAACACAAAUGUCCCCUUAACGUGUAUUUUGAACUAAAUUAUCAUCUAGUAAGUAACGAGGCAAGUUUCAUAAGGACAAAUUUGCUUAUAGCAUCUCAUCAAGGUUUGAAAGAUAUCAUACAAAUGUUGGUACAACAUGGUGCUGUUGUGUGUGAAGAUGCAAUUUAUUUUGCAGCAGCUAAAGGCCACGUUGAAUGUCUUGAAUGUUUGCUUCAUAAUAGAAAUCAUGAAAAUGUGGCCUAUGCAAAUAGCCAUAAUAGAAACAGCCCUUUAAUUGCAGCAGCAAAAUGCGGUUCUGCAGAAUGCAUUAAAUUACUACUCAGUCAAGGUGCAGAUAUCAAUUAUAGAAACCGAUUCAAUUGGUCGGCUUUGGAUAAAGCAAUUAUGUAUCGCCAAACUAAGGCAUGCAAAGUAUUACUUGAACACAAUGCAUCUGUAAAUACUAAAGCUGGAAAAUAUAAAAGAACGCCGCUUCAUUUAAGUGCCGACAUGGGAAUCAAAGAUAUUACAAAAUUGCUUUUACAAUAUGGAGCGACCAUAACUGCAAAGGAUUACAGAGGACACUAUCCUAUCCAUUGUGCUGCCCUUCAAACGUGGCCAAGUAUUGAGGUAGUGGAAAUGCUACUUAAUGCAGAUGUUUCCCGUGUAACAUUGAAACGUAGAAUAUCCUAUGGAAUUAGAUCGGUCAUUAAAGGUGCAGAUUUGUUUCAUGUUGCAGUGUACAAGAAGAGUUGGAGCCUUGUGGACUUACUGUUGAAAUACAAUGUAAACCCAAACGUUAAAGAUUUUUAUGGACAGACACCAUUUUACCGAGUGAUAGCUAAUUGUCACCAAGAAACGAGACCUUCAGAGGUAGUAAGCGGGGAUUCUUUUGAUGGUAUACUGAAAGAAGUAAUGGAUGUGAUAUUCAAAGUUCGACCAACCAAGGUUGAGUCUGACAAAUGGUCAAUCCUUCAGAUUAUUAAAAGUCUGCUGCCAGUUGCAGACGUUAUGACGCCAGACAAACACGGAUAUACGCCAUUACAUGCUGCAGUUCAUAAAGGUUUGAUUGAAGUUGUAAAAUUGUUGUCCCCAAAAGUGAACGUCAAUGCACAAGAUAAAUAUGGGAAAUCGCCUCUUCAUACCGCAUGUGAGCAACUAGAUUUAGAAAUAUUUACAAUAUUAGUAGAAGACUUCAAAGCUGAUUAUCGAAUGCUGACAAACUCUGGUCAAUCUAUUUUUGAUAUCUUACAAAAAAGAACAUCGUGGAAAAAUAUUUGUAGGAGAUACAGGGAUAAAAAGCCUGUUAAAAGUUACAUGUUAGAAAAACCACCAUUUAAGUCUUUUAGAGAUGUCAUCGCUGCAAAAGAUCCUGAAUUCGCAAGUAGAGCAAGCUUAGACAAAAAAACGAACAGUGUAGUAAUGUUACGGCUUGGUUCAGGAAUCCCAAAUUUGCAAAAUGAAAUUCUUACGUUAAGAGAUAAGAGUAUAGACCCAGCUAAAGAAAAAGAAUAUCAGAAAAUAAUUAAAGAGUGGGAAGAGACGGAUAUGAUAAUUCAAAAACACAUAGAUGAAAUCAAUUCAAAACUCGAAAAGACCGGUGAAGACAUUGACAAAGUAAAACAAGAUCUAGAAAAUACAAAUCAAAAAUCAACAGAUGUUUGUAAUACAGUUGCUUUUCACGAGAAAAAGAUAGAGACUAUUGAAAACAAACAAAUAGAAGAAACAACACGUAUUGAUCAACUUGAUGAUGAAUCGUUGCAACAAAGAACACAACUAUCUGUAAUGGAGUCAAGACAAAAGAAACUAGAACAAGACAUGAAGGACACAAUAACUACAAUGGCGAAAAGCAAGUUGCAUCCUCGACUUCAAAACCUUGCAACUAUUACGGAACUUUACACCGAAGAUCAAGAUCGUGACAAUGUGUAUGUUGAAACAACAGCACACAAGAAUGCAAAGGAAAUAUUACUUAAAACGGGCUGCAUUAUACUAAUUGGACCUCCAGGAGAGGGAAAGACAACUAUGGCUGCGAAGUUGUUAUCUGAAACAUCUCAAAAAGGUUCCUGUCUAAAGCUUACCUUGCCAACAGAUUGGGAUAAUAUUGACAUCAACAAAGGGAUACCAAACAAACAGUUACACUUGAAAAGUAUCGAGCCAAGUAACUUAUCUAACGAAAUGAAAGAAACUACUCUUAAGUUUGGCAUUGACCUGAAAGGGCAAAUUGUACGAGUCCUUAUGAAAUCCGUGAAAUAUCAUAAAUAUGGAUUCAUUAUGUUUGACAAACAAAAUGGACUUUGCUCUUUCACACAUAAUAUCGUAAAAGAUAUGGUAGGGCUUGUUGCUGGUCAGGAUUAUCCAAAUGCAAUUAUUGAGUUUGCUGACAUAGAGUUCAUUAUGGAGUAUGUGACUACUGAUAAAACAAAAGAUGAUGGUUACCAUAUAUUCGUAAAUGAAUAUCAUUUCGAGGAACUACUUAAAGCAAUUUGUAAACAUAUGAAUGUGAAACAACUAAAUUCAUUUUUAUGUUUUACUGCAAAAAAGAGAGAUUUUGAAAUUCGUAAUAAUUUUGGCCGUGUUUCUCCAGAUUUUGCAUUACCUGGUGAGCUCAACAUAAAUACGAAAGUUUUAAAGCACGACUGCUUUAGUCAUUCUGAGUUUGUCAAAAUGUUUUAUGACAGCAAAGCAGGACGUCUCAUUAUGUCAAGGCCAAUUGACACACUGCCAAUCAUAUGCACCGACUGGAACUGCGAUAUCGAAUUCGGAGGACUAAACCCUGUUUAUCUACCAUCGCUUGCACUUCUAUACGAACACAAAUGUCCCCUGAACGUGUAUUUUGAAUUAAGUUAUCAUCUAGUAUGUAACGAGUCAAGUUUCCUAAGGACAAAUUUGCUGAUAGCAUCUCAUCAAGGUUUGAAAGAUAUCAUACAAAUGUUGGUAAAACAUGGUGCUGUUGUAUGUGAAGAUGCUAUAUAUAUUGCAGCUGCUAAAGGCCACGUUGAAUGUCUUGAAUAUUUGCUUCAAAAUAGAAAUCAUGAAAAUGUGGACUAUGCAAAUAGCCCUAAUAGAAACAGCCCUUUAAUUGCAGCAGCAAAAUGCGGUUCUGUAGAAUGCAUUAAAUUACUACUCAGUCAAGGCGCAGAUAUCAAUUAUAGAAAUCGAUUCAAUUGGUCAGCUUUGGAUAAAGCAGUUUUAAAAUAUCAAACCGAAGCAUGCAAAGUAUUACUUGAACACAAUGCUUCUGUUAAUACUAAAGCUGGAAAAUAUAAAAGAACGCCGCUUCAUUUAAGUGCCGACAUUGGAAUCAUAGAUAUUACAAAAUUGCUUUUACAAUAUGGAGCGGCCAUUACUGCCAAGGAUUACAGAGGACACUAUCCUAUCCAUUGUGCUGCCCUUCAACGGUUUCCAUGUAUUGAGAUAGUGGAAAUGCUACUAAAUGCAGAUGUUUCCCGUGUAACAUUAAAAAGUAGAAUAUCCUAUGGAAUUAGAUCGGUCAUUAAAGGUGCAGAUUUGUUUCAUGUUGCAGUAUACAAGAAGGAUUUUAGCCUUGUGGACUUACUGUUGAAACACAAUCUAAACCCAAACGUUAAAGAUUUUUAUGGACAGACACCAUUUUACCGAGUGAUAGCUAAUUGUCACCAAGAAACGAGACCUUCAGAGGAAGUAAGCGGGGAUUCUUUUGAUGGUAUACUGAAAGAAGUAAUGGAUGUGAUAUUUAAAGUUCGACCAGCCAAGAUUGAAUCUGACAAAUGGUCAAUCCUUCAGAUUAUUAAAAGUAUGUUGCCAGUUGCAAACGUUAUGACGCCAGACAAACACGGAUAUACGCCAUUACAUGCUGCAGUUCAUAAAGGUUUGAUUGAAGUUGUAAAAUUGUUGUCCCCAAAGGUGAACGUCAAUGCACAAGAUAAAUAUGGGAAAACGCCUCUUCAUACUGCAUGUGAGCAGCUAGAUUUAGAAAUAUUUACAAUAUUAGUAGAAGACUUCAAAGCUGAUUAUCGAAUGCUGACAAAAUCUGGUCAAUCUAUUUUUGAUAUCUUACAAAAAAGAACAUCGUGGAAAAAUAUUUGUAGGAGAUACAGUGAUAAAAAGCUUGUUAAAAGUUAUAUGUUAGAAAAACCACCAUUUAAGUCUUUUAGAAAUGGUAUCGCUGCCAAAGAUCCUGAAUUUGCAUGUAGAGGGAGCGUAGACGACAAAUUGAACAGUGUAUGAGCCUUCGGAUUUUCUAAAACUCAAACGUUUAUCAUACUAUGUUUGAAUUAUAAAUCCCGUUUAUGUGCAAGGGGAGAGGAUGGUAGGUUACUACUGUCUAUGAACAGGCUCAAUCAGAUCUUGUCUAGAACAUUUUCCAUUUUGCGGUUUCCGUUUUUUUCUUUUUAUUCGAAAUGUACUUAAUUCGAAUCCAUAACUUAGGGUAUUGUCGAUUUCAUAGUAUACUUUUUCUUGUUUAUAACAGUCCUUUUUAUGCCCCGACCUUAAAAAAAACUAUGCUUUGCCAUAUGUCUCUUCAUGUUGUUGAUUUGUCCCCACUGACGCAUUACUGUUUAAAUAGCUUUCAUCCGAUACGUCAAACAUACUUGUACAAAAACUAGUUUCAAUACUGACAAUGAUGUAAUCAGUGAAUCUGAAAAAUAUAACAACACUAAAGUUAGAUACGAGCUACCGCUAUAAACGGAAAAUAUAUGUCAUAGUUUUUGUCAUCCCUCCUGCUCAUAGCUGUCACACCAGCCGUUAACACAAGCAUUAGCUAAGUUUCUUUGUUGAUGAGGUCAAAGCCAGUAUCAAAGAUAAAUCAAUAUAGUUACCAACGUAUUUUUUAUGAAUUGAAUUUGAAAAAUAUAUGAAGUAAAUAUAUGUUAAUAUGUGUAUUAUAAAAUGUAAACUGUGCUUGCCCUAUGUCAAUAACGUAAGCAGCCAUGACUAAAAUGUUUAAAUUUGGUAAAACAAAACUAAGUAAUUGUACAUCUUGAAAACUUGAUCAACGUUUCCUUGUAUUAUCAUAAUGUACUAUAAUUUAUAGAAUUAACACCUGCAUUAUAUUCUUUAACAAUGACUCCUUCGGAAAAAUAUUUUGUAGGUAUAAUGGUUCCUUAUGUUAAAAUGUCAAAGUAAUAAUAAAUUUUGGAGAAAAUCUUGUAAAAUUACUUUGAACACAUUUGUGUUCAGAUUUAACUUAUUAGCAUUUCUUAUCCACAAAAAAGAAAAUAAAAGAAAAAAAUCGUGUUUUUUUUUAAGACAGAUGAAAGCUUUUCUUCAACUGCAAUUGGUUACCUUCAAUCUGUCCAUAUUCAACAAUAUCACAUUAGAUGUUUAAAACCUUAAAUUUCUUUUACAUCUUUCAUAGGACAUUUUGAAAAAAAAAUGUUAAUAAAAAUAUAUGUAAGUAAACGUUUUUAAAACUUGUCAGAAUGUUUUAAUUUAUUUCUUGUUCAUUGUUUCAUUUCUAACUUGGCUGGAAUUGACAUUAAUUUUUGACUGAAAAUGGCUGGUUUCUGUAAAGACAACGUCAAAUUGUCCGUAAUCUUACACAAGACGGAUACUACCGAUUUGAAACUUGCCGUUCAUAAAUCUACACAUUUUUUAUUACAAAUAAAGGUCUACUAGCUUGUCCCAUAUUCUAAUCUACAUAAUUCCUGUAUGGGUUUUACGCAACCUUUGCUAUAAAUAUGAAAAGCAUGAUUUAAAGGGACUCGUACCGUCCGGCCGUUCUUCAAAAUGGCGGAUAAAUUUAAGUUAAUUGUGAUGUA